AUGGCUGUCGCUGCAGCUUCCCGUCCUGCGCCCCAUGGACAACGCUCGCCAACCCUCAGCGAUGCGGGCAUGAUCCUCCCAACUUUUGAGGCCGACUUUGAGCGCGAGGCUUUACCUGCUCCCUCUCCAGAGCGCCCGCCGUCGCCGUCGGACCUCUACAAGCACGCAAACUCAAGUCGAGUCAGAUUAAGUUCCGCACCCCAGGGCCGGCGCCGCGCCUCACAACAAACAAAAUCCCCGUCCCUAUCAGCACAGUCCUCGCGCUCCACGCUGCGCAACAUGCCCGACUCAGAGACUACUCCUAAGAGUGUGCGUGCCCGUGAUGAUGCUUUUGCCUCGUCUCCCACCAUCCAGAACACACUGAGCAGCCAUUCCCCUGGCAAUUGGCAUGGUCAAGACCACCACAAGAUUAGCCCUACUUCAAGCUCGAUAUUCAGCGAAGACUUUGAGCACUGGCCCGGGUUCGAUAGCCACGACAGCUUCGAGGACAGUGGAGUAGAUCUCGAAGAGCAAGAAAAGCGCAACCACUCUGCGCAGGAUAGCGACGCUGGCGACGGCAUGGGCAAUGAGCGAUGGCGCGAGGACCGCACUAGUGGCAGCGACGACGAGAACGACCCGUACUCAUCUGCCGCGCUCAGUAGGAGGGCAGAGAUCAUCUUGGCAAAUGCGAAGAAGCGGCUGAAUGUAAUGGAGGGUAACCUCCGCGGUGCACGAGAAUCACUAGUCGUAUCACCCACCUUCCACUCGAGAAACACGUCUUCCGACUUGACCUCACACAUUGCGGCUAGUCGCGACCGUGACCGACGGCUGUAUGCUGGUAUAGGACCAAUACCUCCGCGCAUCAACUCAUAUCGCCAGUCCCUCCUCACUCCAAACGGCAGCAGCCCCAGCCAUACACGGGGGAUGAGCGAGACGUCGGUGCCACUCCCUUUCACGCCUUCGCACUCGUAUCUAACGCGGACUACAUCCAACAAGCGAGCAUCGAGUGCAUUCGGCCAUAUUAGCGGUCCAUGGUCGCCUGAAGGCUACGGCCAGGGGCGUUUCCCUAUCAAGGAGUCUCGAAGUGUGGAGCAUCUCCGCAAUCCUCGUACAACCUGGAACAGUAGCGAACGCGAGCAUGCUGCAAGGUCCGCGUCGAGAAGCUCAAGGUCCCCGACUGCGCUGGAGACUUUGCCAGAAGACGAGGAUGGAGCGAGGGUCCAUCGGUCCACUUCUGCAGCUAGUGGUCUUCGUGACCAAAUGAAUGAUCUCAAGGGCAGAAUCUCCAGUCUGAAGCUAAAGGCACAAGAAGACCACCUUCGACGUCGAAGCAUGCAAAGCCUACGCGCGCCGAGCCCCUUUACAUCUUCCGAGACAUGGGAUGCAGGAAACACAACAAACGCUGGCUUGGGUAUCACGACAGACCCCUACGAAGAACAAGAACGACCGUUGACGGCCACUACUACCACCUCUCAGCAACAUGGCGAGAAACUCGUAACUCACUCCAGCAAACAGACCCAAGGCCCCAACGGACACGCAUACUCUGUCCAACCAUACGACCAGACGGAGGAGGAAUCGAGUGAGUCAACAGCGUUCGAAGACGAUGAUGCCGAUGAGACUGAGUCUGACUUCGUCUCUGUGAAUGGAGACGAUGAGGAACCUGGCCCGGAUAGUGUGUACGAGGACGCCGUCUACGAGAUGCCCGUAACGGAGCGACAUGAAGACCGUGUAGAUGCAUUCGACUAUGAGACUUUCUUCCUGCACAGUGCAAUGGGCACUUACAGCCUAGAGGACCGCCGAUCGAGUACCAGUUCCGGUACUUCUACCGAAACGACCCGACCUGUGACAGCCGUCCAAACCACAGAUGGACUGAGCACUGCUGAGAAGAGAAUCUCAGUUCACCAGCGGAAUCCCAGCGUUGACUCAGUCUCGACUGUCGCCACAUUUGCCACUGCAGCAGAAGAACAAGACGACGACGACGACGACCAAGAGAACGAGCACAUGGAUCAAUUCUCUCAGCAAAUACUGUCAAACCAAAAUCAGCCUCUCUCUCGCCCUGGUACCCAAAGCGGCCUCCUCUCCCUACGCUCAGACUCGGCCAUCAACAUGCGACGCGGCAAUGGCGCGUCUCCAACACAAUCGGCAUUAUCACGUGGCUCGUCUUCGCCUGGAGAGCUCGCCAGCGGACUUCAAACCUCGAGAAUAUUCUCUAUCCUUACGGAAGGCUCUAGGGACGAACCACGGGUAGCACUCAGCGAGGAAGAGACGCAGCUUAUCUACGGGCUUGCAGCCAGUAUCCAGAAUGUCUGCUCCAAUCUACAGCACACAUACGGCGAUGCAUAUGAACGCAAAGCUUUGCGACGAAGACUUGAUGAAGCCCGCAAAAUACUUAAUGGUGAGGACAUCGAAGAUGACCAGUCCUUUUAA